AGACCGUCCUUGGCAUCCGUGUGUAAAAAUCAUAGCCACGGUGCCCUUCACCAUCAUGGUUGGCAUAACAUGUAUGAAGAUAAGGAUCUAAUAAAAGAACAAGAUGUGCUGCCUUUUGUGGAAGACUACAGUAAUUUUGAUAUUGUCAAAGCUACCCAAUACGGCCUGUUGGAACGAUGUCAGGAGUUAAUAGAAGCAGGUUAUGAUGUAAGACAACCAGACAAAGAAAAUGUAACUCUUCUUCACUGGGCAGCAAUCAAUAACCGUUUGGAUCUUGUAAAGUUCUUUAUUUCCAAAGGUGCCAUUGUGGAUCAACUAGGAGGGGAUUUAAAUUCAACUCCACUUCAUUGGGCUAUUAGGCAGGGACAUUUAUCUAUGGUCAUAUUGUUAUUAAAAUUUGGAGCAGACCCAGCUCUUAUUGAUGGUGAAGGAUAUAGCAGCCUGCAUUUAGCUGUACUGUUUCAACACAUGCCAGUCAUAGCUUACCUCAUAUCAAAGGGUCAGAGUGUUGAUACAACUGAUCGCAAUGGACAAACCCCUCUAAUGUUGUCAGCCCACAAAGUAAUUGGGAAGGAAGGCCCAAGACAGCCAUGCAGCGUGGGAGAUGGGCAGUGGUGCAGGAUGGAACCUACUCGUUUUCUAUUAAAAUUUAAUCCCUCUAUCAGAGCUGUUGACAAUGUAGAGAAGAAUACUGCAUUGCACUGGGCCAUUCUCGCAGGAAAUGUUAAUGCUGUAGAUUUAUUACUAGAAGCUGGGUCUAGUCUGGACAUCAAAAAUGUCAAGGGAGAAAGACCACUUGAUCUUGCACAUCAAACUAAAAAUCGUGUCAUUAUUCACUUGCUUUCUGAAGAAGAAAAAGUGAGGGACAGAAAAACAUCAAGGUUUAUGAAGAUUCUUGAAAAAAAUGAGUUCUUGCUUUUGCUUAUCUCAUCCUUGAUCGUGAUAUGGGCAAUAGGAUGUGUAGCAGACCUAAAUUCUGAUUCUUGGCUGUUGAAAGGAAGCUUGCUAGUCUUCAUAUUUGUUGCUCUCUCUUUCUUUGCAAGGUUAUUUGUAGGAUUUAAUAAACUACAAUAUUUCCCAAUAGCAUUUAUGCUUAGUUCCAUCUUCUGGAUAUCAUGGACCUUUUUCGUUUAUUUCCUUCCUAAUCUUUCGGGUACAAUUGCUCAGCUUCCCUUCUUUCUUAGUAUAGUGGGUGUUCUCUAUUAUUUCUACAAAACUGUUAGAACAGACCCUGGAUACAUUAAAACUACAGAAGAAGAGACGAGAAAGAAUAUCAUUAAUCUUGCAGAAUCUGGCUCCUUGGAUUUCAGAACAUUCUGCACAUCGUGUCUUGUGAAAAAACCUCUGAGGUCCAUGCACUGCCAUUCUUGCAAUUCAUGUGUAGCUCGGUAUGAUCAGCAUUGCAUUUGGAUUGGACGUUGUGUAGGUGUUGGAAAUCACUGUUAUUUUGUGCUGUUUCUCUUCUUCCUGACAAUGAUGAAUAUUUGGGCUAUAUACGGAGCAAUUCUGUACUGGUCUGAACACUGCACAACAACGUAUCAUCAAGAUGGAGCAUGGACAUCUUUCACACAGAUUGUGUCUUGUUCUCCUUGGGUGUUGUAUGUUUUUGCACUCACAUCUUUCCAUGCUUUAUGGAGUGCGUUGCUGCUAAUACUUCAGUUUUAUCAGAUUGCAUUUUUUGGAUUGACCUCCCAUGAAAAGAUUACUCUCUGGAGACAAAGUAAACGCUCAAAGCAUCCCAUCUCACUGAGGAAAACUCCAUAUAAUCAUGGAUGCCUCCAGAACCUAGCAGACUUCUUUCAGUGCAGAUGCUUUGGGAUGUUCAAGCCCAAUGUAGUAGACUGGACUAAACAGUACACACAAAAAUUCCAUUCACUAAUGGACCAAGAUGUUCACCCUGUAUAAAAUAAACCUGUACCAGUUCUUGGGGUAUGCUGGAAGCUUAUAGAAUUUUUUUUAAUUUGGUAUAUUGUAAAGUAUAUGACAAAUUAUGUAAUUUCCUCUGCUAUUUUGGAAAGAAAAAUGUUUACAUGCACAAACUGCAGCAAACUGGAUAAUGCAGUGACUUCUGUGAUUCAUAUGACAUUUUUGAAUAAUUUUACUUGGAAGGAAAUAUAACUGUGAAAUGUCAUUUUUUAAAAAAAUUGAAUGAUGUAUUUUUAAUAAUGCAGUCUGGAAACCUUAUGCAUCAUUUACCUGUCUGCCUAUUGAAAUUUGCACUUGAUUAAAUAAAAUAAUUAUUUUGAAAUGUCAAAGUUUUAGUAUAUGAAAUCUGAUUUGUAACUUUUAGCAAAUGAUAUCUCUCUGCAUGUAGAUC